AUGUGUGCAUGCACGGCUGCCUUGCCGAGACUGUUUCCGCGCUCCCCAUUCUACACUGACAGCGGGCGUUUGAAGGCGUGGGGCCAGAGCGGCUGCCGCGUGUCAACUUUGCGGGCGCAGUCUGCAAAGGCCAACCUGCAAGCUGGAAUACGAUGUGGUGCGGCGCUGGUGGCUCUAUUUACUGCCCGCUGUGGUCGCCAAGCCGCAGGCAGCAGACCUUCCAGAACCGCCCUCAAGGCUUCGCAGCCUCCGUGCACCUCCGUGCUGGUUUUGGGCUUUGAUGGCGUCAUCUGUGCUGAUGCAGAAGAGGUUGCUGCAGCAGCAUGCCAGGCUGCCUUUAAGCUCUGGCCUGAUGUCAUGAGAAAUGCAGAGGAUGUUACACUGAACGAGGCUGGUGUGCGCCAGAGCUGGGUGGAGUACGACUGGCAAAGACUUUUGGAACACAAGGCAUCUGCUGUGUUCACUGAUGCACCGCCCUGGCUACUAUACAAGGUGCAAAAACUCCGACCGGCGUGCCAAGCAGGAUGGGAAAUGCUGCUUUUUGCUCGCCUCUGUGUCGAAGAGGCCGUUGCCUGCAGGGCGAAUCGAGCCAAAGGGCGGGGUGGUGCACGGCCGCUGACAAUCGGGGAAAUCGAAUGUAAUUGGUUGGCACAUCCCGGUGAAUUCGGCCUGCGCGAGCUCUUGCUGAUGCGGUGGGGAAAUCUGAGCAUUGCGCAGCUGCAGGACGCAAUGGCAGAUGCCAGGCGUCAUCACCGUUCAGAAGGUCUUCUCGUAGAGAUAAAGUUCUACAGCGAAGUGUUGCGGGUCGUGUGGCUGGCAGUCGCGGCUGGCAGGAUCGGCGAGACUGUUCACAUUAUUACGAGUCGCGACCAGGUUUCCGCAACGCACGCGCUGCAAAUGGCCAGCGCUGGGGCAGCAGAUCUCCCGUUCGACCCACCAGACUUCCAAGGGUCCUGGGCUGGCAAGGACGGUUGGCAAUUGCACUGUGGAUUGGGGACAGUGGAGGAAAAGGUCCGGGCUGUGGAAUCGCUGUGCAAGUCGCUUGGGUCCACAUCUGGCGAGGGACUUAUCAUUGUUGACGACUCUGUGAUAUUUCUCAAGGCUUGCGCGUCGAAGCUGAAUCUCGCUGCGGCGCGCCUAUAUUUGGCAUCAUGGGGCUAUGUGAGUCACAGACACUGGGCAGACGGCCGAUCUGGACUUCCAAGAGUGAAAGAGCUCUCGGGUGCCGAAGACUUUGCUGCAGUGCUACCCGAGCCUAGGCCAGACGAGUCCAUGCGGAAGACUCCACUUUCUAAGCCUUGCUCGGCCUGUUCGGCAGGACAUUUCGGCCUUGAGUUGAGAGCUAGCUUCGGUGCUGCCAUGGCCUCUUUCUCCCUGAUAAGUUCGCUCAUCCGGCAACUGCCCAGGCCCAGCCCUUUGCAGCCUUCGCAAUGCGAGGAGCAUUCAGGCGCCAUGUUCGGAGGGGCUGCUGGAAGCUUGGCAGCUUUUGAUGACGUUCCUGACGAUUUCCAGCUUCCAUCAGGGAGCGUGCAAAAGGGAGAGAAGUAUUUCAAGAAGUACUGCGCGCAGUGCCAUUCGAUUUAUCCGGACAAUCGGCUCACAAGAGCUGGGCAGACGCAGAUUGGGCCCACCUUGUUCAAUGUUUAUGGCCGCGCCAGUGGACUUGAGGAAAUUCAGAACAAGCAGGGCACAGACCGUGUCGACAACGUGCUAUGGUUGGAAGCUGCGCUGAUGAACUACAUGAAGAAUCCGCGCGUUAUGGCGCAGGGUCUAUUCGUGUUUAUCUCCGUUCUUUGGUUCGCAGUGUCUGGAUUGGUGCGUGGCUUGCUUCUGUCAGAUCUCGCUUUCACCAAGAGGUUCUGUUCAGGAUUCCUCAGUCUGCCCUUCUGUGGCGCGGUGCACAUCUGGGAAUCGCAGUGGUCCAGGAGGAACCACUACCAAACGCCACCAUCUUGUGGAGGCAUAGCGACAUCAAGGCGCGAGGGAUACACUGCAGAGUGCCCGUUGACAAGUGGAGUACAGGCUGCCUUCGCGCAAUACUACUCGCGACAUGGAAGUUUGCCAACGUGGUGCAGCGGAGCCAGUGAUGCAGUGUGCUCAGCAGUUUUGACGGGUCAUGCCGGUUGCUGUGCUUGCAUUGGGCAAAGGAUGCCGGGCAUUGACUUCUGCCGGCGUAAAGAUGGCGGCUUGAAGCCAGUACUGAGGAAUGGCGACGCUGAACUUCUGACGACAGAGACCAUCCACGCAGGGGACGAGAUUUUCGUUGACUUCGGUGUUCGUGACCACACAGACCGCAUUGUGCAGGGAGCCCCGGACGAUCCUGACGCCGGCAUUCUUCUGCCAGUACCGCCUAUGGGCACAGGGCCUGCGAACAAAUGGAAGCGUCGCCUCUUCCAGCACCUGCAUUGGCCGGCCGAGGUCUUGCUUCGGAACGGCGUAGUCCAGGAUCAAAGGCAUCUUCGCCUUGCUGCGAUGCCUCGCGAAGAGUUCACGGCUUGGUCUGUUGGGGCGCUGGUCGCCGGGGCACCGCUUGCAGUAUCGCGUGCCUUCCGUACGGAGACGCAGGCCAACGCAUACUUGGUCGCAGAGUGCUCCAAGCGCGGUGCAGCUGCGAGGUCACCUCUCAGCGAGCAGAAGAGGCAGAACGAGCAGAACCAGAAGGGUUCGGCCUCCUUAGCCAGGUAUCGCGACCGGCUUGUCGAGGGCUACAAUCUGUGCAAGCUGCGAGCUGAAGAGAAGCUGCGGAAGCUUCAUAUGUGGGCGAUGAGGCAGCAUGACUGGGUGUUUCGUUUCGUGCACCAGGCAGUUCACAUCACUGAUCAACUGCCUCGAAAGAUCGGAAUUCAGAUGAAUGCGCUGUCGCACCCUACCGCUGCAUCGGACAGACUGGACCAGAACUAUAUGGCGAGCAUGACUGUGGCCUUGGUGAAUGCCAAGGUCGCCAACUUUGUCCCAUAUUUCAAUACUCUGCUGCAGGUUGCUGCAUCACCACGGGAGCUUACCAACAUCCGAAGGCUUUCGCACGCGAUGGCUCUCCUGCAAGGUACAUCGUGUGAUCAAGUUGAUCUAUCAGACUUUGACUGGAUCAACGGAUUGCAAGGUAAGGAUGCAAUUGGAACACUGAAGUACUUGCUUCCCGAAAUGGAGAGUCUUGCGCAGGAGUACAAGAUUGCAGAUGACCUUUGA